GGUAAUGAGAACCCACCGUUCCCUUACCUAUUCAUGUAAGUAAAGUAUGGAAUUUAAUUUCACUCUGUGUUACCUGAGGCAACUCUGGAAUCUGAUAAAAAGAAUGAUCUUCACAUUCUUCUCCUCUUCCUUUCUGAUUUUCAUUGAAAUACUGAGAUGUUUCUCUAUUUGUAAAUAAAUGAGGCUGCCCUGCAGAUGGUGGGGUAGAAAGUAGACUAAGAAUUACAUCUUUUGUCUUGCAGCUGUUUUUCCUCUCAAAGUAAAUUUGUCUUCCUGCUGAAACACUUCUAUUGCAUGUGAUAGGGACUGCAGAUUUGACUGCCAAAAGAGUUCUUCUUUCUGUUUUUCUCUUGAUGGAGAACUUACAUAAUUAUUGUCUGUUCUGGUGCUUUGGAUUGAAAGCACAGCAUGAGCAUGAAUCCUAGAUUUAUUUCUUCAUCAGAGGAAAAAAGGUUCCUUUCUGAUUGUGUAUCAAAGAGCAGUAUGGUAAAACCAGAAAUGUGCAAACACAGGGCACCAGUAGGUGAAUGAGUGAGAUGCUUACCUGGUGAAACGAUUUUUGACAAGGAUUGUCACUUCCUCGGGAGUGCAGGCAGCAAACAAGAAAUCCAAAGGGGCUCUGACCACUGUGCAACCAGGCAACACUGCACCCCAGGCCACCUUGACUUCGUAAUGAAAAAAAGAGAAUCCAUAUUGAGCUACUCAGCAGCUAAUCAAUCACCCGAGUCCACCAGGCUGGUCGUGCAAGAUUCUCUCUCUUACCUUCAUAAGGAGCAAGAAGAAACAGCUGGGGCAUAGGAUGGAGUCAUGCUUGGAGGGGAUGUAUUUGCAAGAGAAAGGCAGCUUGUUACGCUGCAUUAUGCACCAGCAGAAUAGUAUUCCUGCUUUUUUGCGCUACAAAUUGUGAAACAAUUAAUGCCUUAACCAUGUCAAAUUGAUACCAAGUCAUGGGUCACUUGCAAAUUAUAAGUUGCCAAAAGUGGGCUAUUUUAGCCUAAUAACUAUUUGGAUAUCAAGACUUUAUAUUCCAAUAGUCUGUUUGCUCGGAGAAGUGGAUCAGGGAAGCGAAGUGGACAGCUGGCAUAAUAUAUGGACACUUGAACCUGGAAACGAAAAGACAGCUGCUGGUUCUAAUUUUAAACGUAGGUCUUGGUCAGAUCCCUCUAGAUCCUGCUUGUCCUGCUUCAGCAAAGUCAUUAAUGGUGGUAGAGAGGCGUGAAAUUGAAGAUACUGAUAAAGAGCUUUUGUGAGGAAGGGAAUCACCCUUGUUCCAGUUAUGGUAUUUCCAUUUUUCACAUCUAGUUCAGAAGUGCCGAAAUUGCGGAAAGAAGAUCAGAAAGCACGAAGUGCACUCUUGGCUGAUAUCCAGCAGGGAACUCGCUUAAGAAAAGUGACUCAAAUCAAUGACCGCAGUGCCCCACAGAUUGAAAAACCCAAAGGAGCUAACAGAGAUGGAGUUAAUCCAGCCAUCAAUAAAGGUGGCUCUCAGCAGCCUCUGGGAGGUUUAUUUGCUGGUGGCUUUCCUGUUCUCAGACCAGCAGGCCAGAGGGACAUGACAGCAGGGAGGCCUGGGCAGCUUUCCGGAGUCCGAGCAGCAGCCCCCAAACCCUCCGCCCCACCGAACAGCGGCGCUGCCAAGCCGGGCAGUAACCCCUCGCACCCAGCCGAAGCUCCAAGGGCAACUGUGCCACCAGAGCCCCCCAGCACCUCCCGACCCGCAGCGGGACCCGCAGCUGGCCCCGGGCGGCCCAGCCUGCCCGCCCCGCCUCCACCUCCUGCUUCCAGCAAACCUUCCCUCACUUUCCCUCCUCCUCCCCCUCUGCCCCCUCCGGCCGAUCGCCCUCCCAAGGGGGUGACUCCCGGCGCGGCUCCUCCGCCCCCGCUCCCUCCUCCCCAGGCUGACAAACCCGCCAAGUUUCCAGCAGCCUCCGCAGCCUUUGGCGGUGCUGACGUGCCCCCUCCGCUGCCCCCCAAGUCUCCCCACCUGCUGUCACAGUUCCACAAGCCAAGCAGCAUCCAGUCGCUGCCGCUCCCACCCACCCCCGGCCAGCCUCAGCCCGCAGCCGCGGCAGAGACCAGGAAGAAGAGACCUGGCCGAGGUGCAGGAACCGGUGCUGGGAAGCUGGUCACACCCCCACAGCCACCAGCAAGAUCCCCAACAACUGAACUCACGAGCAAGUCUGGAGUCUCAACCUGGGCUACAGCUCAUGACCCCUACUCACCACUCAAAAAUGGAAAUAUGCACAUCCUUGAUGACUUUGAGUCUAAAUUUACUUUCCAUUCUGUGGAAGAUUUUCCCCCACCUGAUGAAUUCAAGCCGUUUCAGAAAAUAUAUCCCAGCAAGAUAGCUAGAGAUCCUUCUAAAAAUCCUCCAUUAAGAACACACGUGAGAUGAGAAGAGUCUACUCGUGCUCUCUGGAAGAGUAUUAAAAAAGAACAUCAAGAUAAUAUAUAAAACAGAAGGGGUCCCCACUGCAGUGAUAGCGAUUGUAUUUGAAUCACAUGUACUGCAAUGUAAACAUUUCUAUAAACUGGAAAAAUUGUGUAAAUGAUACCAUUUUAGCUGGCCUAUAUACUACAAGAAUGUUAGUACAGGCUUUUAAAUUAUUGUAAAUAGGUGGAUAUUUUUUAAGCAAAGCAGCAUAAAAUUUAAAUUCUUUGUAGUGUUGAAACAAUUCUCAUUCUUAUCAUGUUGACAGUGUUAUCUCAUAAUGUUUUGCAUUACAUGCCUGUAUUUCUUUUUUCCCCUUUCAUCAUAAUUUUUAAGUAUUUUGGGAAUUCUCCAGUUAUUAUUCAGACAUUUUUUCAAUCAACUGUCAAACUAAUGUUCUACCUUUAGUCUGUUUUUAUGUUCCUUCUGCCUAUCCUCAGACUGCAGCAGGAUGUCACUGUCAUGAAGGGAUGGGCCCACAAUCCUUCUCUCAUCAAGCACGAAGAGGAGAUGACAAGGAGCUGUGGCUGCUGUUGAGCCUACCUCCUACUGAUUACAGAUCCUUAUAGGAUAGUGUCUGAAGAAGACCAGCCUGAGUAGGGUGGUCCUGGACUUGACAAAGAUGAUAGAACUUCUCCAAAGUAGAGGAAAAGAAAGUUGCUAUAUUGUAAGCAAAAAAAAAAAAAAAAAAAAAA